AUGAUCAUACGACCUCUAUCUCAUCGACUACUCCUCCCAAAAUAUCCAAUCCGAACCUUUCAAUCCCUUACCAUGACCUCCCCCGCACCCCCCAAACCCCCCAUCCACUUUGGGAAAUUUGAAGUAACGGACCAGGCAAGUUUAAUACUCAAGCAAAAUCUAACCCCAAUACAUAAAUUCCAAACAUCUAACCCCCUCCAGAUCUUCCACAAAUCAACCCACUGUUUCUGUCUCGUAAACAUCAAGCCCAUCCUCCCCGGCCACGUGCUCAUAAUCCCCUACCAACCACAUCCCCGCAUGACGGAUCUCUCGAGUGUCGAGCUCGACGAUAUCUUCUGCACCACGCAGAAAGUACAGAGAAUGCUCGCGUCGUAUUAUUUCCCGGGUCAAGAUGUCAAAGAAGGAUCGUUUAACAUAGCGAUUCAAGAUGGGCCGGAGAGCGGACAAACGGUGCCGCAUUUUCAUUGUCAUGUUAUACCGAGGACGAAGGAGAGCGCCACGAUUGGAGAUGGGAUUUAUGAGAAGCUGCAGGGGGAGGAGGGGAAUGUGGGAGGGGGACUUUGGGAUAGAGAGGCGCGGAUGGGGGAGAGACCGGUGCAGAAGGGAAAAUUUCCGAGGGUGGAUGAGGAGGAUAGGGAGCCGAGAAGUAAGGAGGAGAUGAAUCAUGAAGCCGUGCUUUUUAGAGAACAGAUGCGAAAGUUGGGGUAUAGUGAGGUGGAGCAACAUGAUCAAUAAACCAUUCUCAAAAUCGUAAGAUAUCCAGCUAGGUGAUUAGAUACUGAUGAUUCCACGGUCAUCAUAUUACAAGAUCUGCGAUCCCAACGCGUAGAUCCUUGUAUGAAGAAUAAGCAAGACCAUAUAUAGUAUCUGUAUACACCUUCCCAACUAGUCGGCGGCAAAAUUCAUCUCCAGCUCUCCUACUAAUUAUGCUUCUUGUUUCUAGCCCUAUUCUAGACCCCGUUCAUGUACAUAGAUCACUAACUCCACCUCAUCGUUUCGCCCAUCCUCAACCCACCAGCUCGCUACGAUAAGUCGCAGCGCUUAACAGACUCCGCUCUUCACAAUCAAAUUGCCCCUCGUAUAUAAGUGGGAUCCCGUCACGACAUUCAACAUCUCUCUUCUCUUAAGUUAUAUCCAACCCAAUCCUGGAAACACCCUCAAGAGCAAAAACGAUAUCUAGAAAUCUAGCAUGCGUCGUCCAAGUAAUUCCGCGAGUGCAUUCUCAUCGCGGUCAUCAUGAAGAAUACUCCCAUCGCUUUCGCUACCUUUUUCACAUCUUUGAUACACAAAAGUACUCGGAAUGGAGUAGCAUCCCGAUGCCAAGGAAGCGGAGUCAGUCAGCCCUGACUGCGUGCGGGGCUAGCAACAGAUGUUAAAGCGCAUCCGCUACUUAAGCUUAAAUUGGGUUGACUAGACCUUCGUGUAUGCUUGGCGUUUCUUUGGCUAGAUAAAUGCCGUUUUGGUUGACCCUUCUCAUGCUGUCUCCCUAUGUGAAUGUUGAAGGUGUUAAAUUCAACUGCAGGUUUUCAGUUCGAUUAUCAAGUCGAUUUGACUACACUGUCGGG